AUGGCUCGUGACAAGGAAUAUGACAGCGCAUCCUCGACCAGCGGCCAAUCAAAACGACCUCCGCUCAGCCGUCAAGAGAGCGACCUGAACGGAGAGGCGCAUCAGCGCCCAAAAGGGCACCAGAAGCAACAUCACGUCGGCCGGAUCCACGCCCGAGUUCCUUCAUCAAAAGCACUUCAAAAAUACGGUCAUGGGCACGGCCACGGCGCUCAUGGACACGGCCACGCGCACGCUUCAACUACCAAGUUGAACAAUAAUACUCGACGGACCUUUUCGCCACCUGAUUCGCCUCAACAACCCCAGCGACCGUCGUCACAUCGCCGGGCGACCAGCGACGGUAAGCUUACUCGCGAUUCCUCAGCGACAAGCAUUCAGAAAAGCGUUUCCCAGACGAGCCUGAAGCGCAACCGUUCGCACGGCGAGGUGCACAAGCGCACGCAAUCGUCGGAAAAGAUACGUCGGAAUUCAUUGGGCCUGACCGCAGUCAACCGGCCCAAGUCAAGCAAGUCCCAGGUUCACUUUGAUUUAGGUGGUGACGGGCAGGACGAUGAUGAAUGGGUGGAUGCUAGUGGUUCUAACUCACCUCAUCUGUCACGCAAAGGCUCCAUCAACAGCAGCGCGCAGUCGUCCUUGAAACCAAACCUGAGUGCUGGCAACUCGCGGCCGCAGACGCCCAACGAACAAGCCCAGCGCGUGCUGUCGUCGCCCGAUCGCGAAAGACUGCAUCAAAAGGAAUAUUUGACUACCCGUAUACUGCAGCGAACACCUUCCCACGGAGCGCCGCCCCAGAUGACAAACGAAAUGGCCCAGGUGAACCCGCAGCAAUUUUCACCUAGUUCUGGCCAAGAAGCUACCUUGGCCGGGAGCAGUAAGGAUGGCCUUACAUCUCGCUUUGUUGAUACUCCCGCUUCGGGUAUCACGAGCGAAGGUUCCUUCUAUCGUCCGGAGAAGAGCGACACCCACCACUCGGACGAUCUGCUUCGACGACCUGCGUCGAUGGCUGAACUACCCCGUGCAGAGAGACAAAUGGAACGCGCACGCGUAGCGCAUGAUACGGAUGAUAGCGCGCUGGUGCCAAAGCCUGCGCGAAGGACUGCUGCAAAGUCAGCAGAGACCUCUCGUAUCCAACAAAAGCUAAAUCUCCAGCGCGCUAGCUCAGCCAUUGAACCCAACCAUGGGGUAGCCACUGGGCCAGGAAAUCUCGGCGCAAGCCCUCUCAUAGGAGUUGGCGGCCCUGUAUACGAUGCUGGCAACAGUCGCGACCCGAGAAUGACCAAGCUGAUGGACCGCACGGGCUCGGAGUACCUCGUGGUCCGGCGUUACCAGAAUCCUGUUGCUCGAUCCCUUAACCGAUUGACCCAUCUGCCUGAUAUAAAUCGUACGAAGAGAAUCCCUCGGGUUAACACUGGCUCAUCUACCAACAAGCGCUCUCUCGAGAUGCCCCUCCAGCAUACCCGGAACGUUAGUCUGCCAGAUCAGCGGCGGCAAGCUUCAAGGAGCAACCUGACAUUGCGAACCAACGGGGGAUCCAACUAUGACGACAAUGAAGAUCAACGUCUUAACGAAAGGCUCAGCGGGUCGAGCCUUGUAGGAAGCGAAGAGGAUAACGGGACAUUAACGCUUUUAAGAAACCUCUGGGAGAAAUCAAUAGAACUCAGCGCCAGCGGGGAUUGA